AUGUACGACUCUUCAGUCUCCGCUGCGGAGAAUAAGAUUGAGCAUCAUGGAAGCGGUGAUCCGAAGGUGCCCAACUACUAUGGCGAAGAGGAUGGUCCCCCGGUAAAAGGGGAGAUGGAGCUUAACGUUGGUGGCCGUGGUGCCACGCAGCGUCGACUCAAGAACUACCACAUCAGCAUGAUUGGAUUCUGCGGUGGUAUUGGAACUGGUCUCUUCGUUGGAGCCGGCUCUGCCUAUGCGAAAUCAGGGCCCGCCGGUUUGUUGUUGGCAUAUAUUGUCGUGGGGUUUGUGCUGUGGUGUGUCAUGCAAAGCAUCGCCGAACUGGCGACCGUCUUUCCUACUGCAGGCUCCUUCCCCCACUGGGCUACUCGGUUCAUCGAUCCCGCCGUCGGUUUCUCUCUCGCCAUCACUUACGGAUACUGUUACACCAUCGCCAUUGCUUCGGAGGUCUCCGCGGCCGCGGUCGUGGUGAGCUACUGGUCAGACAUAACACCGGCCGUGGUGAUAACAGUCGGGUUGGCACUGAUCUUAAUCAUCAAUCUGAUGAGUGUCCGUUUCUAUGGCGAGAGUGAAGUCGUGACAGGUGCCAUAAAAGUCCUGUGUUUUCUGGGCUUGGUGAUCGUGGCCAUCGUGAUCACUGCAGGCGGCGGCCCGAACCACGAGACCAUCGGCUUCCGCUACUGGCACAACCCUGGUCCCUGGACCAACUACAAUGGCAUUACUGGACCAACUGGGCACUUUCUGGGAUUCUUGUCGGCUUUCGUCAACGCCUCUUUCAGUUUCGUCGGAGUCGAGACUGUCGUCAUUGCCGCCGCCGAAGCUAUGGACCCGCACCGCGCCAUCCCCAAGGCUGCCCGUCGCGUCACCUACCGCAUUGCCUUCUUCUACAUCCUCGGAGCCCUGCUCAUUGGAAUGAUUGUCGAUCCCCGGACCUCUGGCCUCACAUCCGGCUCUGGCAAUGCCAAUAGCUCUCCCUGGGUUAUUGCCAUCAAGCAAGCCGGCAUCAGUGGUCUCCCCUCGGUCGUGAACGCCUGUGUCUUGAUCUCCGCCUGGUCAGCUGGUAACUCCUACUGCUGGGUCGGCUCACGCAUGAUCGUAGCCAUGACCACCGAUCGCCAACUUCCUCAGUUUUUCGGCAAGGUCACCAAGAAAGGUGUUCCGUAUAUUGCGGUGGUCGUCUCCUGGCUCUUCGGUCCUUUGGCGUAUCUGAGUCUCGGAAGUGGUGGUCCUUCUCAAGCCUUCACCUGGCUCCUUAACCUGAGCACGAUCGCCGGCUUAAUUGCUUGGGCGACUCUCAGCUUCUGUUAUAUCCGCUUCCAUCGGGCGAUGAAGGUCCAAGGCCAUAGUCGCGAUACCCUCCCUUGGCAGGGCCCAUUCCAGCCCUACACCGCGUGGGUGGGAUUCAUCGGAUCCACCAUCAUUACUCUUGUGGCUGGAUUCCCUGUCUUCCUCAAGGGGAACUGGUCUACCUCGGACUUUUUCGCCUCGUAUGUCGGUAUUCCGAUCUUCAUUGUGCCAAUCAUCCUUUGGAAGAUCUUCAAGAAAAGCAAGUUUGUCCGCGCAUCUACCCUGGAUCUCUGGUCUGGUCGCCUCUUAGAGGGUGAGAUCAUUGUUAAAGACCACGGACCUCGGACGCCACUCAAGCGCUUUGUUGACUGGAUCUUCUGA